AUGACGAAUAAGUCUGCGGUAGUAGAAAAAACUUUUGAUAGUCUGGGGGAUUACAGUUUGCAGUUUAAUCGAUGGCUACUAAUAUCAAUAGGUGCCUGGCCUGCGUCCACAUCAACGUCGAGACGCGAGAGAAUCAUUUCGUUUAUUUUAAUCGCUCUCUGUUAUGGCUUUAUAUUGUUUACCGUGAUCCCUUGCAUAUUCCACUUUAUUCUGGAAGAUGAAAGUAUUUACAUGAAAUUGAAGGUGUUUGGUCCGCUCAGUCAUUGGUUUAUCGGAGGCAUCAAUUACACCAAUUUAUUGCUACGAAGCAACGAGAUUCGUGAUUGCAUACAUCACGUGCAAACUGAUUGGAAGAUAGUAACGAGACCGGAAGAUUCACAAGUGAUGAUGAAAUACGCGAGGAUUGGCCGCUUUAUCGCGGCUUUUUGUGCUACUUUCAUGCAAGGUGGCGUCUUAACAUAUUGCGUGGUGACAGCGUUCGCCACUCAAACCAUCGAGAUCGCCAACGAAACCAGAAUUAUUCGCAUGUUACCUUGUGCUGCGUAUAAGAAUUUAAUUCCCGUUGAUAGCAGUCCAAUGAACGAAAUUGUCCUCGCCACGCAAUUUAUAUCUGGAUUUAUUGUAAAUUCGAGCGCCGUUGCCAUUAUCAGCAUUGGUGCUGUAUUCACAGCUCACGCCUAUGGUCAACUGACUGUCCUGAUGAGAUGGAUCAACGAAUUUGUGAAUCGAUCGGAAGAUCAGAAAAAAAGUGUUGAGUUUAACGAAAUAGGUGAGAUCGUUGAACAUCAUCUCAGAAUUCUCAGUUUGAUAGCAGGUAUCGAAAACGUAUUGACACAAUUCUGCUUCAUGGAAUUGUUAAAAAGCAAGCUUGAUAUAUCCAUGCUCGGAUAUUACAUUCUUACGGAAUGGGCCGAACAUGAUAUUCGGAAUCUGACUACGUAUUUCAUGAUAAUGGCGUCCAUGAGUUUCAAUAUUUUUACAGUAUGUUAUAUCGGUGAUAUAUUGACGGAACAGAGCAAAAAAUUUGGCGAUGUGGUAUAUAUGACAAAGUGGUAUUAUUUGCCUAACAAAGACAUAUUUGAUUUGAUUCUGAUCAUCACAAGAUCCAAUUCUGCAAUUAAAAUCACAGCUGGGAAAAUAACUCACAUGUCCAUAAAUACAUUCGGUGAUGUAAGUCAUGCAUUUACAUAUCUCUGUCCUUGUAAAGUAUUCAAUCCAUAUGGAAAUGAUCGGUAUUCCAGGUAA